UUUUUUUUUUCUUUUUUCUUUUUUCUUCUCUUUUUUCUUACUUAUUUCCUUAUUAUCAUUAUUGUAUGGAUCCUUUACCUGAUGAAAAUGAAAGUCAAUUUAGUCAUACCAACUUGGAUACUCUUCAUAAUCUUAUGAACUAUUCUAUGCCAAACUCAAUGACAUCUCUAGAAUUACCUGAUGAUAUACCACCACCUAAACGUCAAAUACAACAUGCUGAUGUACAUACACGAUUACGACAAUUAGAACAUGAUAUGGAACAAUUGACUUUAUCUAACGUUAGACUUCUUCGUACAAACCGUAUUCUCAAAUUGGACUGUGAUCGUUUGGUGGAUGAACAAACCGAAGCACUCAAAAAAGAAAUCCAGGAACUCCGAAGAAUGAAUGUACAAUUACAAAGAAGUAAUAGACUUUUACAAGAUGAUAUGAACAUAAAGACGGAAGAAUUACAUUCAUUACGCGCUGAUCAAAUCCGGCAAAUGAAAAACGUGGGACCGGAAUAUGAAUACUUGGUACAAAUGAUUCACUUACUCUAUAGACAAAUAGAUGGAAAAAGUAGUUGUGAUAAGACUUGUUGUUAUACCAAUUUACCACUUAGUCAAGGAUUUUCAGUUUUAACUUUACCACCUGAAUCUGAAGAACAAAAACCUGAAGCUCAACAUAUUUGUAGACCAGUGAUUCAUUCCAAUAUUACUGGAGGUGAUCUCGCUAGCUCAUUAGAACAAGAAAAUGGACGAUUACGACAAAGUUUAGAAGCAUUACAAGCUGAACAAGAGGAUUUAUGUCAUUUAUUAAAAGAAAAAGAAGAUGUGGCCGAAGUACUCAAAAGUGAAUUAAGGAUGAAAGAUGCUAUAGUUAGUCAACUCGAAAAGGAUUUUGAACGUAUGGAAUUAGAAGUAUUGGAUUUACAAAAGGAUUGGCGUUAUUCUGAUCGUAUCAUCAAAUCUGAUCCCUCUUUUUCUGAUAUCCACGCAUUCCCAUUACCACCAGUGAAAGAACAUCAUCAUCAUCAUCACUCUCACAACCAACAUCAACGUCACCAUAGUAAUAGUUUAGAUGAUAGUAUUAGUAUUAGUAACACCGUAUCCACAACCGAAUCAUCUCCGUGCUCCCCUGUUUCGGAAUACUCUCUUGCUGAUUAAAAAGAAA